AUGCCUUCACCACCCAUCACUCUGGUGCUCCGAGGUGCCGGUGAUGACGACUGCCAACUGUGGUGGGACUUUUGGGAGGAUUACUGCCGUGCCGAGGUCCACGACGGGUCCAUUGCCGACCUUUUCACGGACAUCCACCCUUGGCGCGCAUUGCCGACGACCGGGGGCCAGACCACGGGGGCCGACGGCUGCUUGGCAACGGGCUCCUUGACGGCCGAGGAGGACUCGCUCGACGAGUUCAACGCGCGCUUCCACGCGGCCCAGCAGCGCUUCUGGUUUGCCAAGCUAAAUCUUGUAUAUCACGUGGCUCAUGUGCGACAUGACGCAGGCGACGAGGACAUUGACGUGCGGCUCCGGCUUGGCGGCAAUUUGGACGAGUUUUGCGCGGCGCUCGACGACGUCGUCAGCUACCCGGGCGGCUUCGAGCGCGCGACCGACGAAAUCCCCGAGUCGGUGAUGCAGCAGUGGCUCGAGGACACCUGCGGCGCAACCAGCACCGGCUUCGAAGGCUGGCGAGCGGAUGACGAGCAGCAGACUUGGAUGUGGUUGCGCAGCUUGCCCUUUCGCUCGAAGCAGGACCGGGAGGGGCCGCGGGAAUCGGACGAGACGACGACGACGCGCGCCGAGGAGGAACAGCAGGACAAGUACGGAGUACAGUAG